AUGUACACUUUUCUAUCUAGGUGUGGCAGUGUUGUUCUGGACUUCAUGAUGAGGUUCGAUCAGCGUGUAGUACUCAGCCAUGUUGUGACUUCUCUGUCGGAUGCUGCAAGGGAAGACAGAUUCGGUGAUUUUAAAGUCGAUCCAGACUCAAUAAAACAAGUUUUGACAUCCAAAGGUACAUGUUACAAAGAAACUGUUUCAGACCAAAUUAAAAAAGGAAGGGUAACACCCUGUUUUGCCUUAGUAUUUAGACAGUCAAAGUGCACAUUCUCUCGUUUACAAGCCAUGUCAUUAGAGCAGUAUUUUUGCCAGGAUUAAAGUAAAACCUUGCUCCAAUAUUGCUUCAUUAAGCCUCACGAAACCAAUUAAUUUAGGUCAUGAAGAAGGCAAGGGCUCAAGUAACGACGUCAUGUUCAGAGCGUUUAUUGGUAUUCUUGUCCUCAUAAUCCUUCUUCUGAUAAUUUACAUAAUCUGGCUACACAGGAGAGGUGAGUAACAAUUUCAUUACUUACGUUAGAGUGGUGGGGGCAGGAUCCGUCAUGAAGCAAGACAAACUUUUUUUUACCUCCACCCAAAGAAUUCUAAUUUUUUUUCUUUUUCCUCCUCCUUAGGCGCUAAAGAAAAAAAACGGUAAGAAUUUGCUCUUACAUGGAAUAUUUUAAGAUUAUUCUUCAGAUAAAAUAUCAUCCUAAAAUAAAAUGAAAAAAGUGACAAAAUUUAUUUCAUAAACAUUUGCAUAUUAGUAGAGGUAAUCACAUGAUUUCGAGUGCAAUUUUGAAUAAAUAAGCACGAGUACAUUUUUCAAAUACUAACAAAAUUGCACGAGCCCGUAAGGCGAGUGCAAUUUGUGAAAAAAAUCAACAAGUGCUUAUUUAAUCCAAAUUGCACGAGAAAAAUCAUGUGAUUACGUAUUAAUAAUAUACAUGAACAAAUACGAGAUAGCUUAUCAUAAUUAAGCAAGAGCAAAACGCGCGCAUCAAGUGCUAAAAUAAACCAAACCUUGCGUUCGGUCAAAAAGACCGCGUACGAUCAAAACAAUAAUAUACAACGAUAUUUUCACAUCUUUAAGAUGCAAAGAGUUCAAAGUCCGGUUAAACAGUUUAAGGAAUUGUUCAGUCUGUGUCCGUAUCCCUUUCGAUGAAAUGGAAUCGUCUUUUCUGAGGUUUAACAAUGUUUGUUUUUAUUUUCGGCGUAGAAUCGCUCGAACAAAGUGUUAAGCUGGGUUGGCCCGUAAUUUCGAUUUCCUUGACAAUUCCCUUCUCUAAACACCACUUUUUCCAAACCGACACCUAAAAAGCAGUGCUUUUCACAGUUUUUUCGUUGUUAGAGCUGUUUUUCAGUUGUUGCGACACCUAAAAAGCAGUGCUUUUCACAGUUUUUUCGUUGUUAGAGCUGUUUUUCAGUUGUUGCGACUUGCCUACUUAAAACGCCGUCCAUUGUUUCGCUCGGAAAUUUUCAGCGUAUUCAAAUGUUGCGACAUCCAAGGCUGGAAUUUGAUUGGUUAACUGUGAGUUUCUUUGAUUAUUCACCAAUGAGAAUGUAUGGUUUGUUACUUCUUUGUACUGAAUUAGCCCUCUUCUGCAUUGAAUCACCUGAAAACUACAUUUAUCUUAACAAACAGAACUGAGUAAUUUUUCAUGUAUAUUAUUAGCGCUGUAAUGGCUGCCGUGAACUUUGCGCUCUUGCGAAUUUUCUGCUCCGUACUUUUUUUUGUUAAUAGCCUUUCAUUACCUGACCAUUUAUACAAGGACUUACAAGUGUUCAUUUGUGGAAGAUCCCACUAAAAUUUUACUUUCUUCUCGGUACUAAGAUCCAGGGAAUAAACCAUGGUUAUAAUUUCAAACUGUUGUCUGCUAUUACUCCAGAAACAAAGAAUGGAAAUAUUGUUUUUUCUCUGUUUUAUCUAUUCAUUGGGGUAGAUAAUAACUUCUUAUUGACCUGGCGUGAGGGAAUAUUGGAGAAUAUUGGCCCGAGGUCGUAGCAUUACGAACGUACAAAAACGAACGAGGGCCAAUAAUCCCAAGUUCGGCUCGAGCACGUGAGGUAAGUAGGAAAGAAUAAUACAUGGGCGCGCGUAGAUAUGGAAUUUCCCUUCGAGUUGAACACGAGAAGAGAAAUCUCAUAUCUACAAGCAACCAUGUAUUAUUUUGUUUAUCAUAUAAACACAAUAGCCCUUUACUGACAAGAAAAGUCAAUUUUAUUUGUGAAUGAAAAUAAAGGGAUCGAGAAUCCUCGAAUGAAAGUCCUAAAGUGCGUUGGCGUUCAGGCUCAAGACGAAAAAUUGCGUUAAAACAAUAUAAAAACAGACAAUGGGCGUAAUUUUUUAAAAUACAAAUUUCUCAGUUAUUUACUUAGUCCUUGGCGACAGGAGAAAUCUUUCAGGUCACGGUCAAAAAUCUGCUUGUGGCAAAUCUUCCAGUUGUCGAUUUUCGUUCUCAGCCGCGCGAAACGCCAUUACCAAAGCCACUCAAUACCCAACUUUCGGUUUUCUUUCCGUAUUUUGGUUUUCUUCCUCUUCUAGGAAAGUUUGAACGUCACUGUCUGUAAGCGAUACGGAUUUUUCAGUGUUUUAGCAGCUAUAAUCCGUAAAGAUUCCGACAAACGACCUUGGAUUGAGAAUGGUAAAAGCAUCGCCGUUCAUUCUUCGACCUAACCGAGUGGCGCGAAAGGCGAGUGACGUGUCAGCAGCUGAUUGGCGAUAUCAAACACUGGUGGAAAAAAAAACAUUUUUCACGUUUGUUGUUACGGCUUUUAUCAGAUCUAAAAAUCCUUGUAUAACACCGUAGUUUAUAUGAUAAAGUAUAUUAUAGGUUUAAAAUAUGAUAUUUUUUCACCUUUUCACUAAUUCAGCAACUGAUGAUUUUUUUAUCACAUAAACUGCGGUGCUAUACAAGGAUUUCCGGCCCUGAGAAAAGUCGUAACAACACACGUGAAAAAAUAUUGUAUUUUUCACGUCUGUUGACAGAGCCAAACAGCUGCUUACACGUCACUCGCCUCUAGCGCCACUCGGUCAGGUUGAUGAAUGAACGGCAAAGCCUUCACGAUUCUCAAUACAAGUUGCUUGUCGGAGCCUUCUCGAAUUAUGGCGGCUAAAACUCUAAAAAAUCUGGGAUCAAUAUCAGUAUCUGGGCAACUGCCCACCUACCCCUCUUCCCUAAUUCAACAACAGUCAAUUGACAAAAUGUUGGGUUAGAAAAGAGGGGUAGGUGGGCAGUUGUCCAGAUAUUGAUAUUGAUCCAAAAUCCGUAUCGCUGACAGACAAUGAGGUUCAAACUCUCCUAGAAGAGGAAGAAAACCAAUAUACUAAAAGAAAAACCGAAAGUUGCGUAUUCAGUGGCUUUUGUGUUAACAUUUCUCUCGGCUGAGAAUGAAAAUCGACAACUGGAAGAUUUGCCACGGGCCGAUUUUGGCCGUUUACCUAAAAGACUUCUUUCGGUAAGGACAAAGUCAAUAAAUGAGAAUUUUGCAAAUUGAAAAUUAUGACCAUUGUUGUUUUUGUAAUCAUGAUUCAACGCAUUUUUCCAUCUUAAGAGUUAGCGCCAAUGCACUCUAUGAUUGUUAUUCGAGGAUUGUCGAUUCAUUUAUUUUCAUUCAUCAAUGAAGUCGGCUUUUCUUCCCAGUUUAUAUGAUAACAAAAUAAUACAUGAUUGCUUGUAGAUAUGGAAUUUCUCUUCUCGUGUUCAACUCGAAGAGAAAUUCCAUAUCUACGCGCGCCCAUGUAUUAUUCUCUACAUAUUGGAAAUUUGGCCUAUUGUUUGUUUUUGUAGUGAUUUCAUCGUCAUGUUUUCAUCUUGAGUGUGCCAACACACUGUUCGAUUUUUAUUCGAGGAUUGCCGAUCCUUACAUUUUCAUUCAUUAACUUUUCUUUCAGUAGAGGGCUAUUGCUUUUAUAUGUAAUAAACAAAAUAAUACACUGUUGUUUGUAGAUAUGAAAUUUCUCUUCUCGUGGCCAACACGACAUCUCACUCGUGAGCUAUCGAGUUAAACACUCAAAGAGAAAUUCCAUAUCUACUCGUGCCCAUGUAUUAUUCCCUAUUUACUCUGAUUUUGGGCGAAAUCAUGACCCUUGGAAUGCUUAUAUACGCCGAAGUCUUGGAUCUAACUUCAACUGUUUCGUCGAAGAUCAUAUAUUCAUUUAUUCAUUCUUAAAACGUACUUUUCAAGCGGGCCUAUGACUAAAUUAAUUAGUUAUUAGCGAUUUUUUUUCUCCCAGACGUUCCUAGGAAUUUACUUUGUAAAUUUACAUCAAUGUUGGUUAUCCUUACCCUAGGUUCAUUAUUAAAUUACUCAAUAUAGUAUAUUAUUAUUAAUGUGCAUAUGAACAUACAUUCUGUACUUGUAUGGUAUGUGCGCAAUGUAAGUUCUUUAUUGUUUAAUAUUAGAAUUAGUUUUAGUAUUUAUUGCUAUUAUGAUUUUAUUUCUCUUUACAGUAGGACUUAUGAAGAAGAAAAAACUGUUUACGACGUAAGUUACGGCUAAGACAUUAAGGUUGCAUCGGUGCGAGGAGGAAGUAUGUGAUCUUACUUUUAAUUUGCUAUAUUCACGAGAAAUUGGCAAUCUUUGAAGGAAGAGAAAAAAGGAUUUUACUAAAAAUGCAGAAGGAAUGUAUUUAAAACGGGUUGCAGAUACCAUGUGAUUAAUAACCUAUAACUGGAUAUGGACUUUGCCGUGGGACCAGGUCAAGCUAAUCACUAGAUUUUUUUCUCGGUUGUUCCAAAUUUCACACAUAAAUUAAUUCAUAGGUCUGCUUUCGGUUGAGAUUUGUUUUCCAAAUAAAUCUUCGAAUAAUUCCAGAAAUCUCGGUCAAUCCGUUGAACAUGAUCCUUUCAGUGGUGGAGAACAUGUUUUUUAUUGAUUUAAGAUACAAGAAAGGAAGUAUAUAAACAUGAGUCAGAUAAAAAUGCUUAAAAUGUUUUUGCCUUGUAUGGCCUGUUGUAGAAAUUUACCAAACUUUAUUGUUACAUACCCAUUUAUUAAGUAGUUGAACGGGUACAUUGAUUUGAUAGAAUGUGGUGACGCUACAAGAUAUCGAACUAAGUCAGCACCAUUCAAGCACACCCGGGCAGCCCUCUUCAGAGUACGUGGGUCUCAGAGAAGCCAGGAAAGAUAAUAGAAAAGCACAAAGUACAAGUCCAGGUUACGAGCUUCCUCAUCCAGCAAAACGCUCCUGGGAAGUUCCAAGACAUCACGUUACCAUCGAUAAAGUAAUUGGUAAAGGUGCUUUUGGACAGGUUGCCAAGGGAACGGCAGUAGGACUUCAAGGGAGGCCUGAUACGACUACAGUGGCCAUUAAGAUGCUCAAAGGUGAGUCAUGUACUUAUUUCAGGACAUUUCUUACGGUUUUUUUUGUGUUUUUUGUUUUGCAUAUCAUUAACUUUUGCUGUUUAACUCUCCAGCUAACGCUAAGGUAUCGUACAAAAGGGAAUUGAUGAAAGAACUUGAAACGAUGAAGAAGCUUAAAAAAAAUCCUCACGUCAUCAAACUCUUGGGAUGUGUUACGGAAUCUGGUAUGUUUUGAUUAUGUAGGUUUUUGAUGCCAAACGCAUUUUCCUUGUAAUUUACAAAAAAGGCAAUAACAAUUCGCUUUAAUUUUUAGGAAAACGCUUUCUUCUUUGUUUUCAGAGGAACUCCUGGUACUGAUUGAAUAUGUCCCUUUUGGAGAUCUGCUCGGUUACCUGAGAAAGAGCCGUGGAUUAAAUGACACUUAUUACAAAGACCCGGAUAUCAAACCUCGAACCAAUCUGACGUCACAGCAGUUGAUGAAGUUUGCCUGGCAAAUCGCUGAUGGCAUGAGUUACCUGUCCUCAGAAUCUGUAAGUUAACUAACAAAUGCAAAAGACGUAAUUUAAUUCUAAAAUAUUCCUUGUAGGGCGUACCGUCAUGGUAAGUUUUUCUGACAUGCAUACUAUUUCAUAUUUUGCAAACAUUUUCUUACCGUUUGGUCUAGAGCUUUUUCUGUAGGGCGCACCCUCCAAUUUUCAACGCUAUCAACCAUGCUUUUUGUUAUUAACAUUAUUUUUUUUAUUUGCGGUUGGCAAUCGUCGUGCAGCCUUGCAGAUGUACCUCACCCUCGACUUCUUCUGGUCUCGCUGACUCCCAUAAAGUUUCCAAUUGUCAACAGUUCAUUGAUUAUCGAAAGAGAAUUUUCUCCAAUUCUCCUGGAAACUGUAACAGUACUAAUGCAUUUUAAUUUAUUAUCACUUGGGCUUAUAAGAAAUACACGCGCUGUUGAAUUCGCUAAAAGCGGAUAAUUUUAGAUCUGAACUUUUUUUUCAGUUCCUCUUUUAAUUACUGAUUCUCCCUUCUUUCACGAUCAAUUCCUUUAGAUCAUCCACCGAGACCUUGCAGCCCGUAAUGUGUUGGUUGGACAAAACGAAACGUGUAAGGUGACAGACUUUGGAAUGGCUAGAGAUGUGCAACAGGAAAAUAUUUAUGAACGAAAAACAAAGGUAAUACAAAAAUGGGGACUACUCAGUUAUAGAACAUUUAGCAUAAUCACCUUACACAGUAACUCUCGUGGCAGAGGUGACAUGUUUAUGGUUUUCGAUCAGGAUAUCUCUGGAUUGGACCUGAUAAGGAAAUAACGGAUACUUAUCGAGUGCUAUUUCAUCUAUAACUGUCGUUUAUUUCUCGCUAACUAUUAUUUUUGUUCCCUUUCAUAAAUCUUUAGGGCCGUCUUCCAGUGAAGUGGACAGCUUAUGAGGCGUUGUUUUAUGGUACCUAUACCACCAAAAGUGACGUGUAAGUAUAUCUGAUCAUAAUUGUGAAAGAUGACGUCUAUUAAACAAGUGGUUCAUGCUUAGCGUGCGUACAUAGAGGUAAGGAUUGGUAUGGAUGUUCGUGGGAAGUUUGGAGAGCACAAGAGAAGUGUAAGAAUUCCUUUAGGGGCGGUGGAUAGCAAUUCUUGCUUCUUGACUGCUCCCCAGACUUUCCAAGUGCAUCCACAACUCGAUAUACGCACAGUUACAGGCAUUAACUAAUUGUUGUAUGACAUAGCAGACACAAUUUGUCCACGAUAUAAUAGUCGCGUGCUACCUGAAAGUUAUAAGUAAAAGGUAAGGCAAUAAUGACAAGAAGUAUUUCGAGUUUAAAACUUUUUUCAAAGAAGUGCUAAAUAUGUUGUUUUUAGAGCGAAGAAUGUGUGAAUUUCUUGCGCCUACCAGUCUCACGAAAUGUUAGGAAUUACAUCAAGGAUUCUAACGAAAUGCUAUCGAAAAUACUCGAAAAAAUAAUAAUUACCGACCUGAAGAAGAGUCCAAACGUCGCAAAGCCUCAUUUGAGAUCAGCAAGUUCAGUUUUCUUUUUCAAGCCAUUACUCGUGUUGCGUCGGGGAAUCGAAGUAUCGUUAACUCUAAAGCUAAUUCCGUCGCCUUAAGAUUUAAAUGUCCAUUCAGUUUCCAAAUCUAGUGAUAUUUGGCAUACUUACUUUUCACUUUGUGCCUCAAAUUCAGUCUUAAAAACGACUGGAACCCACGGCUAAACUGGAAGGGGGCCUUGCAGCAAAUACACUUGUACACAUACAACGGCCGUGCGUCCUUAGAGAUAGUAGACAUUCUACAAUGACUCAAUAGCUAGGAAUAAGAUGAAAGAAGUGCGCACUAACUUAUAAAUUUUCCUCCUGUAAAUGUUAUCACUGAAAAAAGGGAUUAAAAAGUUUGUCAAAAAGAUAUUCGUUUUGUCUUAUAUAAUGUUUAUGUCUUCAGCCAGCCAUUUUACUCAUGUUUUCUUUGCCUCCCUGCAGAUGGAGUUAUGGAGUUGUCCUUUACGAGAUUUUCACCAUAGGUAACGUCUGAUGGAAAUUUAAGAGACUGCAGAGAUUUUUUGCCAUACACGUAUUUGAACUGAACAAUUUUGUAACCGAAGUAUUUGUGCUCAUCCAUUUAUUUAAAAUAUCCACACGUCUACGGUACUAAACUUGAGGAGGGAAAAUGCAUAUGCAAGAAAUAAACUCACAAUAAAGAAAAAGAUUUAUGUGCAUAACUAUACAAAGCAUUUAUAAACAACGAGUCUGCUUCUAAAAAGUGGACAUAAACGUUAAUGUACAGGACUAAAUCUAUACACAAAACUUAACAAAUUUUUCAACAUAAAUUUCGUAACAUCAUGUAGCGAUAUAAAUAUCAACCACAAGUACACAACUAAUGAAACGUACAAACACUCAAGGGUAAUUAACACGCGAAAGCAAAACAACACGGAAAACGGUAGAGAAGCAGGUUUCGCGAAUAGCAAUGCAUUCUGUUCAGGUAGACAACUCCCUAUACAAAUUCAUACUCCAUCAAAAUGACAUAGAUGAUGCUUUCAUUGAUGGUCGUUGUUUAAGACAUUAACAUUCCGACUGUCUUGUUGAAUUCUUUCAGGCGGUUCACCUUACCCAAGAAUGGAUGGAAAAAAAAUUGCCAACCUAAUUGAAGAGGGAUACAGAAUGCCUAAGCCACAACACGUGGAUGAUCAAUUGUAAGCUUCUAUUAAGUCUUUUUCUUUCCUUGCAACAGGAAAUAUUCUAUAAACUCUUUCACAUCAACUGAUGUUUGAUGUUCACAAGAUGAAAUAAUCCUGUAUUCCAUAUAAAAAAUUCUAGGUAUCAGAUCAUGAUGAGAUGCUGGCAAAAUGAUCCAGAUGAAAGACCAACUUUCACUGAAUUAAAAAAUCAGCUUAAAGACAAGGAAACUCUACACAAGGUGAGAAUUAUGGCGGACAUGGAAAUUUGCUUUUACGCUGGAGUAUCUUUAAAUUCAUAGCUUGUCAUUCAGAUGGCCUAACUUGAUAUGUACUCAUCUCUUCUAAUUUGUGCGAAGUUUGGAUUGCUUCUUCCUGUUGUUUCCUUGAAGCAAACAAAGUAAAGGUUAUUAUCGGUUGUUAUCGGUAUAUGAGAAGCAAAAUAAAAUGUUCCAACAACAGAAAAAUCUUUAUGGUCAUUAUAUAAAAGAUGAUAAGACUAUUGCAAAAUUGCACUGAAAUGUCCCCCAAAAAAGCGAACAAUAACGUUUUGUAAUUCUAAAAAUACUGCUACCUGACAGUUAAUGUGGAUAACUCAUGAUAUAACGUAAAGGGGGAACACAUUCAGUUUCAUAAUGCUAUCUCUCUUUUUCUCUUUAGAGGCUGAUCAACAUGAGAAUGUACGACAAGAAGUUGUAUGCAAACGUCGAGGAUUUAAUAGUGUAG